CCGAGCCAGCGGCGGCGGCGGCGGCGGCUGAGCCUGAGCCCCGGAGCCGCCCGCGCCCGCGCCCGCGCGUCAGAGCGGGAGCUCGGCCCAGGGAAGAUGCCCUCCGAGUCUUUCUAUCUGGCUGCGCAAGCCCGACUCGACUCCAAAUGGCUGAAGACGGACAUCCAGCUCGCGUUCACCAGAGAUGGGCUCUGUGGUCUAUGGAACGAAAUGGUCAAAGAUGGAGAAAUCGUAUACACCGGAACAGAAUCAGCCCAGAAUGGGGAACUUCCUGCGAGGAAAGAUGACAGUGUGGAUGGCCAGAGCGGGGCAAAGAAAGAAGAUGCAAGCGACAAAGAGAAAAAGGAUGAGGAGGAAACGCCUGUGCCGACCUGUCGGGCCAAGGCCAUCCUGGAGAGCUGGGUGUGGGGCCGACAGCCAGAUGUGAGCGAGCUGAAAGCCUGUCUCGCGGUGCUCGUGAAGGAGCAGCAGGCCCUGGCCGUGCAGGCUGCCACCACCACGCUCUCGGCGCUGAGGCUCAAACAGAGGUUGGUGAUCCUGGAACGCUACUUCAUCGCCCUGAACCGCACGGUCUUCCAGGAGAGUGUUAGGACCCGGUGGAAAAGCGGCAGUGUCCCCCUGCCACCAGCUGACAAAAAAUGCUCCCGGCCCACUGGCAAGGGCGUGGAAGGACUGGCCAGGGUGGGCUCCCGCGCGGCACUCUCCUUUGCCUUCGCCUUCCUGCGCCGAGCCUGGCGCUCAGGGGAGGACGCCGACCUAUGCAGCGAGCUGCUGCAGGAAUCCCUGGACGCACUCCGUGCCCUGCCCGAGGCCUCCCUCUUCGAUGAGAGUGCCGUGUCCUCCGUGUGGCUGGAGGUGGUGGAGAGGGCCACUCGCUUCCUGCGCUCUGUGGUCACCGGGGACGUACACGGGACGCCUGGCAGCAAGGGGCCGGGCAGUGCCAUCCCUCUUCAGGACCAGCAUCUGGCACUGGCCAUCCUGCUGGAGCUCGCUGUGCAGAGGGGCACGCUGAGCCAGAUGCUGUCCGCCAUCCUGCUGUUGCAGCAGCUGUGGGACAAUGGGACGCGGGAGACGGACAACGAGCGGUCAGCGCAGGGCACCAGUGCCCCCCUGCUGCCUCUGCUACAGAGGUUCCAGAGCAUCCUGUGCAGCAAGGACAACCCCCACGCUGAGGGGGACCCCCAUCUCCUGACGGGCCCACUCAGCCCCAACGAGAGUUUCCUGCGCUACCUGACGCUCCCUCAGGACAACGAGCUCGCCAUUGACCUUCGGCAGACGGCGGUGGUGGUGAUGGCCCACCUGGACCGCCUGGCCACCCCCUGUAUGCCGCCACUCUGCAGCUCCCCAACCUCACACAAGGGCUCGUUGCAGGAGCUCAUCGGCUGGGGCCUGAUUGGGUGGAAGUACUAUGCCAACGUCAUUGGCCCCAUCCAGUGCGAAGGCCUCGCCAACCUGGGCGUCACGCAGAUUGCCUGCGCCGAGAAGCGCUUCCUCAUCCUGUCGCGCAACGGCCGGGUGUACACACAGGCCUACAACAGUGACACGCUGGCGCCGCAGCUGGUGCAGGGCCUGGCCUCGCGGAACAUCGUCAAGAUCGCGGCCCACUCCGAUGGCCACCACUACCUUGCCCUGGCAGCCACUGGAGAGGUCUUCUCGUGGGGCUGUGGGGACGGCGGGCGGCUGGGCCACGGGGACACUGUGCCUCUGGAGGAGCCCAAGGUGAUCUCGGCCUUCUCGGGCAAGCAAGCGGGCAAGCACGUGGUGCACAUCGCCUGUGGCAGCACCUACAGCGCGGCCAUCACGGCCGAGGGCGAGCUCUACACCUGGGGUCGCGGCAACUAUGGGCGGCUGGGCCACGGCUCCAGUGAAGAUGAGGCUGUGCCCAUGCUGGUCGCCGGCCUUAAAGGGCUGAAAGUCAUCGAUGUGGCCUGUGGGAGUGGGGAUUGCACAGACAUUGGCGUAACAGAGAAUGGUCAGGUGUGGUCCUGGGGCGAUGGUGACUACGGGAAGCUGGGCCGAGGCGGCAGUGACGGCUGCAAGACCCCGAAGCUGAUCGAGAAGCUCCAGGACCUCGACGUGGUAAAGGUCCGCUGCGGGAGCCAGUUCUCCAUCGCGCUGACCAAGGACGGGCAGGUGUACUCGUGGGGCAAAGGCGACGACCAGCGGCUGGGCCACGGCACGGAGGAACACGUGCGCUACCCCAAGCUCCUGGAAGGCCUGCAAGGGAAAAGGGUGAUCGACGUGGCUGCAGGCUCCACGCACUGCCUGGCACUCACUGAGGACAGUGAGGUCCACAGCUGGGGGAGCAAUGACCAGUGCCAGCACUUUGACACGCUGCGUGUGGACCAAGCAGAGCCCACUGCCCUACCAGGCCUGGACACCAAGCACAUUGUGGGCAUCGCUUGCGGGCCCGCGCAGAGCUUUGCGUGGUCUUCCUGCUCCGAGUGGUCCAUUGGCCUCCGGGUCCCAUUCGUGGUGGACAUCUGCUCGCUGACCUUCGAGCAGCUGGACCUUCUGCUCCGGCAGGUGAGCGAGGGGAUGGAUGGCACCGCCGACUGGCCGCCGCCGCAGGAGAAGGAGUGUAUGGCCGUGGCCACGCUGAAUCUGCUUCGGCUUCAGCUGCAUGCUGCCAUCAGCCACCAGGUGGACCCUGAAGCCCUCGGGCUGGGGCUAGGCAGUGUCUUGCUCAGCAGUCUGAAGCAGACGGUGGUGGCCCUGGCCAGCAGUGCGGGCGUGUUGGGCACCGUGCAGGGUGCUGCCCAGGCUGUCCUGCAGAGCGGCGUGGUCGUGCUGCUGCCCACAGCCGAGGAGCGGGCCCGGGCACUCUCGGCACUCCUGCCGUGUGCAGUUUCAGGCAACGAAGUCAAUGUGAGUCCAGGCCGUCGCUUCAUGAUCGACCUGCUGGUGGGCAGCCUGAUGGCGGACCGGGCGGGGCUGGGAGUCCAGCCUUGAGUGGCUGCCAUCACUGCCGAGAUCAAGGACAUCGAAGCCAAAAAGGAAGCGCAGAAGGAGAAGGAAAUUGACGAGCAAGAGAGAGCGAAUGCAUCCACGUUUCACCGAAGUCGGACCCCGCUGGACAAAGACCUCAUUAACACGGGCAUCUACGAAUCUUCCGGAAAGCAGUGCCUGCCUCUGGUGCAGCUUAUCCAGCAGUUGCUCAGGAACAUCGCCUCACAGACAGUGGCCAGGCUGAAGGGACUGGCGCGCCGCAUCUCCAUCACGCUGGAUUUCGAGCAGCAACGCGUGAGUGGUCCCGCGUUCCUGCAUCUGCUGCUGCGCUUCCAGCGAUUGCUUGUCAGCAAACUCUACCCCGGCGAGAGCUUUGGGCAGACGGCAGACACGCCCAGCCCCGAGCUGAUGGGCGUCGGCUCCUUGCUCAAGAAGUACACUGCGCUACUGUGCACGCACAUCGGGGACAUCUUGCCUGUGGCCCCAGGCAUCGCCUCCGCCAGCUGGCGCCACUUCGCAGAGGUGGCCUGGGUCGUUGAAGGGGACUUCACUGGCGUCCUCCUUCCUGAGCUGGUGGUCUCCAUCGUGCUCCUGCUGAGCAAGAACUCAGGCCUCAUGCAGGAGGCUGGCGCUGUCCCCCUGCUGGGCAGCCUGCUCGAACACCUAGAUCGCUUCAACCAGCUGGCGCCCGGGAAGGACAGAGACGACCACGAGGAGCUGGCCUGGCCUGGCAUCAUGGAGUCAUUUUUUACAGGGCAGAACUGUAGGAACAAUGAGGAGGUGACACUGAUCCGCAAAGCCGAUUUGGAGAACCACAACAAAGACGGUGGCUUCUGGACCGUGAUCGACGGCAAAGUUUAUGACAUCAAAGACUUUCAGACGCAGUCGCUCACUGGGAACAGCAUUCUCGCUCAGUUUGCCGGGGAAGAUCCAGUGGUCGCUCUAGAAGCGGCUCUGCAGUUUGAAGACACACGGGACUCCAUGCACGCCUUCUGUGUCGGCCAGUACCUGGAGCCCGACCAAGAGGUCGUCACCAUCCCAGACCUGGGGAGCCUGUCCUCACCGCUGACUGACACCGAGCGGAACCUGGGCCUGCUGCUGGGGCUGCACGCGUCCUGCUUAGCCCUGAGCACUCCGCUGUCUCCCGUCGAGGUCGAGUGUGCCAAAUGGCUCCAGUCGUCUGUGUUCUCGGGGGGCCUGCAGACCAGCCAGAUCCACUAUAGCUAUAACGAAGAGAAGGAUGAGGACCACUGCAGCUCCCCGGGUGGCACCCCUGCUCGCAAGUCCCUGCUCUGCCACCACGGCUGGGCAUUGGGUGACCAGUCUCAGGCCUUCCUGCAGGCUGUCGCGGACAACAGCAUCCAGGAUCACAAUGUGAAGGACUUCCUGUGUCAGAUCGAGCGCUGCUGCCGCCAGUGCCACCUCACCACGCCUAUCACCUUCCCACCUGAGCACCCUGUGGAGGAGGUUGGCCGCCUGCUGCUCUGCUGCCUCCUGAAGCACGAGGACUUGGGCCACGUGGCGCUCUCCUUAGUACACACGGGGAGCCUGGGCAUCGAGCAGACGAAGCACCGAGCGCUCCCCAAGUCUGUGGUGGACGUUUGUAGGGUGGUUUACCAAGCCAAGUGCUCGCUCAUCAAGACGCACCAGGAGCAAGGCCGCUCCUAUAAGGAGGUGUGUGCCCCCGUCAUCGAGCGCCUGCGGUUCCUCUUCAACGAGCUGAGGCCCGCGGUGUGCAAUGACCUGUCCAUCAUGUCCAAGUUCAAACUGCUCAGCUCUUUGCCCCGGUGGCGAAGGAUAGCGCAGAGGAUCAUCCGGGAGCGCAGGAAAAAGCGAGUUCCUAAGAAGCCAGACUCGAUGGAUGACGAAGAGAAAAUCGGGAACGAGGAGAGCGAUGUGGAAGAAGCGUGCCUUUUGCCUCACAGCCCCAUUAACGUGGACAGGCGGCCCAUGGGUAUCAAAUCGCCCAAGGACAAGUGGCAGCCACUGCUGAACACGGUUACUGGGGUCCACAAGUACAGGUGGCUGAAGCAGAAUGUUCAGGGCCUCCCCCCGCAGUCUGCCCUCCUCAGCACCAUCGCCGAGUUUGCCUUGAAGGAGGAGCCGGUGGACGUGGAGAAGAUGCGCAAGUGUCUGCUCAAGCAGUUGGAACGAGCCGAGGUUCGCUUGGAAGGGAUCGACACCAUCUUGAAACUGGCCGCCAAGAGCUUCCUGCUCCCUUCGGUGCAGUACGCCAUGUUCUGUGGCUGGCAACGGCUCAUUCCCGAGGGCAUUGAUAUUGGGGACCCUCUGACGGAUUGCUUGAAGGAUGUAGAUCUGAUCCCCCCUUUCAACCGGAUGCUGCUGGAAGUAACUUUUGGCAAGCUGUAUGCCUGGGCCGUGCAGAACAUUCGUAACGUCUUGAUGGACGCCAAUGCUAAAUUUAAAGAGCUUGGGAUCCAGCCGGUCCCCUUGCAGACCAUCACCAACGAGAACCCGUCGGGCCCGAGCCUGGGGACCACCCCGCAGGCUCGCUUCCUCCUGGUGAUGCUGAGUCUCCUCACGCUGCAGCACGGCCCGCACAACCUCGACUUGCUGCUCAACUCGGGCACCCUCGCCCUCACGCAGACCGCGCUGCGGCUCAUUGGCCCCAGCUGUGACCAUGUGGACGACGACUUGAAUGCGGGCGCUCGUGGUGCUUCUGCCACGGUGCUGGAGGAGACGAGGAAGGAGAGCACCCCUGUUCAGCUCCCGGCCUCAGGGCCUGAGCUAGCUGCCUUGAUGAAGAUCGGAACCCGGGUCAUGCGCGGUGUGGACUGGAAAUGGGGUGACCAGGAUGGCCCCCCUCCGGGCCUUGGCCGUGUGAUCGGGGAGCUGGGCGAGGACGGCUGGACCCGGGUACAGUGGGACUCAGGCAGUACCAACUCCUACCGCAUGGGGAAGGAGGGCAAGUAUGACCUCAAGCUGGCAGAGCUGCCUGCCGCCACACAACCCACGGCUGACGACUCAGACACAGAUGAGGACCCCGAAGCUGAACGAACCGAGCGGCACAUGCACCCGACCGCCAUGGUGCUGAGCAGCGCCGUCACCCUGCUGCAGACGCUGUGCCUCUCGGCCGGCGUCCAUGCUGAGACCAUGCAGGGCGAAGCCACCAAGACGCUGUGUGGGCUGUUGAGGAUGCUGGUGGAGAGCGGCACAGCCGACAAGACGUCCUCCCCCAGCCGGCUGGUGUGCCGGGAACAGCACCGGAACUGGUGCACGCUGGGCUUCGUUCGCAGCAUCGCGCUCACACCGCACAUGUGCGCCGCCCUCAGCUCCCCGCAGUGGAUCGCCCUGCUCAUGAGGGUCGUGGAGGGCCACGCGCCCUUCACAGCCGCGUCGUUGCAGCGCCAGAUUUUAGCCGUCCGCCUGCUGCAAGCCGUGCUGCCUCCGUGGGACAAGGCGGGCCGGGCACGCGACAUGCAGUGCCUGGUGGAGAAGCUCUUUGGCUUCCUGGGCAGCUUGCUGACCACCUGCUCUUCGGACAUCCCCUUCCUCCGAGAGUCCACCUUGAGGAGGCGCCGGGCUCGCCCGCAGGCCUCGCUGACGGCCACGCACAGCAGCACCCUGGCUGAGGAGGUGGUGGCGCUGCUCCGCUCGCUGCACUCCCUGGCCCAGUGGAACGGGCUGGUCAACAAGCAUGUCAACGCACAGCUGCAGUCAGUCACCCGUGCCUGUGCGGGGCGGCCAGCCAGUGGGGCCCUGCUGGAGGACCAGUUCCCCGGCCCUGAGGGCCCCGAGGUGGGGGGCCUCAUGGCCGUGCUGGCCGUCAUUGGCGGCAUUGACGGGCGCCUGCGACUGGGCGGCCAGGUCCUGCACGACGAGUUUGGGGAAGGCACCGUGACACGCAUCACCCCAAAGGGCCGCAUCACCGUGCAGUUCUCGGAGCUGCGUGCCUCGCACGUGUGUCCACUGGCACACCUCAGACCUCUGCCCGCCGUGGCCUUCAGCGUCAGCAGCCUGCCCUUCACGGAACCCAUGCUGGCUGUGUGGGCCCAGCUGGUGAGCCUGGCCGGGAGUAGGCUGGAGAAGCAGCCUGUGAAGAAGGUGUUGAAGCAGGGCUCUGCAGGGCAAGUGGACGUGGAGCUGCUGCGACGCCAGCAGCUGAAACUCUACAUCCUAAAGGCUGGCCGCGCUCUGCUGUCACACCAGGACCAGCUGCGGCAGGUCCUGUCCCAGCCGGCCGUCCCCGAGGCAGCGCCCACAGAUGAUGGUGCAACUGCAUCCCCCGACGUUGGGGACAUGUCUCCGGAAGGGCCGCAGCCCCCCCUGAUCCUCUUGCAGCAGCUGCUGGCCGCUGCCACCCAGCCGUCCCCCGUGAAAGCCAUUUUCGACAAGCAGGAGCUCGAGGCGGCCGCCCUGGCUGUGUGCCAGUGCCUGGCGGUGGAGGCCACGCACCCUUCCAGCCCGGGCUUCGCCGACUGCAGCUCCAGCGAGGCCGCAACCCACAUCCCCCUGCAGCAGGCGCGCCCCGCUCGGGCCAAGCGGCGCCGCCAGUCUCCGGUGCCCGCGCCGCCUGCCGUGGUACAGCUCAUGGAAAUGGGCUUCCCACGACGCAGCAUCGAGCUGGCACUCAAGGCCCUGGGCAGUGCCUCUGGGAACGCCACCAGCUCGCCAGGUGUGGAGGCCUUAGUGGGGUGGCUGCUGGACCACUCUGACGUGCAGGGCACAGACCUCUCGGAUGGAGAAACGGGAUCUGAGGAUGGUUCGGAUGACGACGACUUGGUAGAAGAUAUGGACGACGUGGCCUGUGCUGCGCCCGCCACCGGUGCUGUCGUCACAGAGAGCCAGACGUACAAGAAGCGAGCUGACUUUCUGAGCAACGAUGACUAUGCCGUGUACGUGAGAGAGAACGUCCAGGUAGGGAUGAUGGUCCGGUGCUGUCGGACCUACGAGGAGGUGUGCGAAGGGGACGUGGGCAAAGUCAUCAAGCUGGACCGUGAUGGCCUGCACGACCUCAACGUGCAGUGUGACUGGCAGCAGAAAGGUGGCACCUACUGGGUGCGGUACAUCCAUGUGGAGCUCACAGGCUACCCUCCACCAACGUCUCCUUCUCACAUCAAGAUUGGGGAUAAGGUCCGCGUCAAGGCCUCCGUCAGCACGCCCAAGUACAAGUGGGGGUCCGUGACCCACCAGAGUGUGGGGGUCGUGAAAGCCUUCAGCGCCAACGGGAAGGACGUGAUCGUGGACUUCACGCAGCAGUCGCACUGGACGGGGCUGCUGUCCGAAAUGGAGCUGGUGCCCAGCGUCCACCCCGGGGUCACGUGUGACGGCUGCCACAUGUUUCCUGUCAGCGGGUCUCGGUUUAAGUGCAGGAACUGCGACGACUUUGACUUCUGCGAAACGUGUUUCAAGACCAGGAAGCACAACACCAGACACACGUUUGGCCGGAUAAACGAGCCAGGACAGUCAGCCAUUUUCUGCGGCCGUUCCGGGAAGCAGCAGAAGCGAGGCCACGGCAGCCGGCCGGGCACGCUGCUGGACAGCUGGGCACGGAUGGUCAAGAACCUCAGCGUGUCUUCAUCCGGGAACCAGGCGGCACGUCUCAUCGACGGCUGCGAGCCCUGCUGGCAGUCGUCGGGCUCACAGGGGAAGCACUGGAUUCGUUUGGAGAUUUUCCCCGACGUUCUCGUGCACAGACUGAAAAUGAUUGUGGAUCCCGCCGACAGCAGCUACAUGCCUUCGCUGGUCGUGGUAUCUGGUGGCAAUUCCCUCAAUAACUUGAUCGAACUGGAGACCAUCAAUAUCAAUCCCACUGACACCACCGUGUCUCUGCUCAGCGACUGCUCCGAGUAUCACAGGUACAUCGAGAUCGCCAUCAAGCAGUGCCGGAGCUCUGGGAUCGACUGCAAGAUCCAUGGGCUGCUGCUCCUGGGCCGCAUCCGCGCGGGCGAGGAGGACUUGGCGGCCGUGCCUUUCCUGGCAUCUGACAAUGAGGAGGACGACGAUGACAAGGGCAACAGCGGGAGCCUCAUUAGGAAGAAGGCUGCAGGGCUGGAGUCAGCAGCCACGAUCAGGACCAAGGUGUUCGUGUGGGGACUGAAUGACAAGGACCAGCUGGGUGGCCUGAAAGGCUCAAAGAUAAAGGUGCCUUCAUUCUCUGAGACUCUGUCUGCUCUGAACGUGGUGCAGGUGGCCGGUGGCUCCAAGAGCUUGUUUGCAGUGACAGUAGAGGGGAAGGUGUACGCCUGUGGGGAAGCCACCAACGGCCGCCUGGGCCUGGGCAUCGCCAGUGGCACAGUGCCCAUCCCACGGCAGGUCACGGCGCUCAGCAGCUACGUGGUCAAGAAGGUGGCCGUGCACUCAGGCGGCCGCCAUGCCACGGCCCUGACUGUUGAUGGGAAGGUGUUUUCCUGGGGCGAAGGUGACGACGGCAAGCUGGGGCACUUCAGCAGAAUGAACUGUGACAAGCCACGGCUGAUCGAGGCCCUGAAGACCAAACGCAUCCGGGACAUCGCCUGCGGGAGCUCGCAUAGCGCGGCCCUCACAUCCAGCGGGGAGCUGUACACCUGGGGCCUCGGGGAGUACGGCCGGCUGGGCCACGGCGACAACACCACCCAACUCAAGCCCAAAAUGGUGAAGGUGCUUCUCGGACACAGAGUGGUGCAGGUCGCGUGCGGGAGCAGAGAUGCGCAGACCCUGGCACUGACUGACGAAGGCCUGGUGUUCUCCUGGGGUGACGGUGACUUUGGAAAACUGGGCCGGGGCGGAAGUGAAGGCUGCAAUGUGCCCCAGAACAUCGAGCGGCUGAACGGACAGGGCGUGUGUCAGAUUGAGUGCGGAGCCCAGUUCUCCUUGGCGCUCACCAAGUCCGGAGUGGUGUGGACCUGGGGGAAGGGUGACUACUUCCGACUAGGCCACGGCUCUGAUGUGCAUGUGCGGAAGCCACAGGUGGUGGAGGGUCUUCGGGGGAAGAAGAUCGUGCAUGUGGCCGUCGGGGCCCUGCACUGCCUGGCAGUCACAGAAGCGGGCCAGGUCUACGCGUGGGGCGACAACGACCACGGCCAGCAGGGCAAUGGCACCACCACGGUCAACAGGAAGCCCACGCUGGUGCAAGGCCUGGAAGGCCAGAAGAUCACCCGUGUGGCCUGCGGCUCCUCCCACAGCGUGGCCUGGACCACCGUGGACGUGGCCACGCCCUCCGUCCACGAGCCUGUCCUUUUCCAGACUGCCAGGGACCCUUUGGGAGCCUCCUAUUUAGGUGUGCCUUCAGAUGCUGACUCUUCUGCUGCCAGUAAUAAAGUCAGUGGUGCGAACAACGCUAAGCCGAAUCGCCCUUCCCUGGCCAAGAUUCUCCUGUCGCUGGAUGGGAACCUGGCCAAGCAGCAGGCCUUGUCUCAUAUCCUCACUGCGCUGCAGAUCAUGUAUGCCAGAGAUGCAGUGGUCGGGGCCCUGAUGCCGGCGAGCAUGAUGGCCCCUGUGGAGUGUCCUUCCUUCUCCUCAUCGGCACCUGCUUCUGACGCCUCUGCCAUGGCCAGUCCCGUCAACGGAGAGGAGUGUGUGAUGGCUAUGGAUCUUGACGACAGGCUGAGUCCAAAUCCACGGCCAGACAAGAGAGGGGAGAUGAUCUCUUCCGAUGAUGCCAUCACCCCCUCGGCCGUGACCCCAUCUGCAUCCUCAGCUUCUUCUCGGCCAUUCAUCCCAGUGACCGAUGACCCGGGAGCUGCCAGCAUCAUCGCAGAAACCAUGACCAAGACUAAAGAGGAUGUCGAAAGCCAGAACAAAGCGUCAGGCCCUGAGCCCCAGUCAUUGGACGAGUUCACCAGCCUGCUGGUGGUGGAUGACACCCGAGUCGUGGUGGACCUGCUCAAGCUGUCUGUGUGCAGUCGGGCUGGUGACAAGGGCCGGGAUGUGCUCUCAGCCGUGCUCUCGGGCAUGGGCACCGCCUACCCGCAGGUGGCAGAUAUGCUGCUGGAGCUGUGUGUCACCGAGCUGGAAGAUGUGGCCACUGACUCGCAGAGCGGCCGCCUGUCGUCGCAGCCCGUGGUGGUGGAGAGCAGCCACCCCUACACGGACGAUACCUCAUCCAGCGGCACAGUCAAGAUCCCAGGUGCUGAGGGACUCAGGGUGGAGUUUGACCGACAGUGCUCCACGGAGCGGCGCCAUGACCCCCUCACGGUCAUGGAUGGGGUCAACAGGAUCGUUUCGGUGCGCUCAGGCCGGGAGUGGUCUGAUUGGUCCAGUGAGCUGCGCAUCCCGGGGGACGAGCUUAAGUGGAAGUUCAUCAGUGACGGGUCCGUGAAUGGCUGGGGCUGGCGUUUCACGGUCUACCCCAUCAUGCCUGCUGCAGGGCCCAAGGACCUCCUUUCCGACCGCUGUGUCCUGUCGUGCCCAUCCAUGGAUUUGGUCACAUGCCUGUUGGACUUCCGGCUCAAUCUCGCCUCUCACCGGAGUAUCGUCCCCCGCCUAGCAGCCUCCCUGGCAGCCUGUGCCCAGCUCAGUGCCCUUGCCGCCGGCCACAGAAUGUGGGCCCUGCAGAGGCUGCGUAGGCUGCUGACCACAGAGUUCGGGCAGUCGAUGAACAUCAGCAGACUACUCGGAGAUGAUGGGGAGACCAGGGCACUGAGCUUCACGGGCAGUGCCCUGGCCGCACUGGUGAAAGGACUCCCCGAAGCACUGCAGCGGCAGUUCGAGUACGAAGAUCCCAUCGUGAGAGGUGGCAAACAGCUGCUGCACAGUCCCUUCUUCAAGGUGCUGGUGGCCCUGGCCUGUGACCUGGAGCUGGACACGCUGCCGUGCUGCGCGGAGACGCACAAGUGGGCCUGGUUCCGAAGGUACUGCAUGGCCUCCCGCGUGGCCGUGGCCUUGGACAAGCGAACUCCACUGCCCCGCUUGUUUCUCGAUGAGGUGGCCAAGAAGAUCCGCGAGCUUAUGGCCGACAGCGAGACCAUGGACGUGCUCCACCAGAGCCACGACGUCUUUCGGAGGGAGCAGGAUGAGCAGCUGGUGCAGUGGAUGAACAGGCGACCGGACGACUGGACGCUCUCGGCUGGUGGCAGUGGAACCAUCUACGGGUGGGGCCACAACCAUCGCGGACAGCUGGGGGGCAUCGAAGGUGCCAAGGUUAAAGUCCCCACCCCCUGCGAGGCCCUGGCCAUGCUCCGGCCCGUGCAGCUGAUCGGGGGAGAACAGACGCUGUUUGCGGUGACGGCUGAUGGGAAGCUCUACGCCACGGGGUACGGCGCUGGUGGCCGGCUGGGCAUCGGCGGCACGGAGUCCGUCUCCACCCCGACGCUGCUCGAGUCCAUUCAGCACGUGUUCAUCAGGAAGGUGGCCGUGAACUCGGGCGGGAAGCACUGCCUGGCGCUGUCCUCCGACGGGGAGGUCUACUCAUGGGGCGAGGCCGAGGAUGGGAAGCUGGGCCACGGCAGCCGCAGCCCGUGUGACCGCCCGCGGGUCAUUGAGUCUCUGCGGGGGAUCGAGGUGGUGGACGUGGCUGCAGGCGGCGCCCACAGUGCCUGUGUCACCUCUGCUGGGGACCUGUAUACGUGGGGCAAGGGCCGCUACGGCCGCCUGGGCCACAGUGACAGCGAGGACCAGCUCAAGCCCAAGCUGGUGGAGGCGCUGCAGGGCCACCGUGUGGUCGACGUGGCCUGCGGCUCUGGCGACGCGCAGACCCUGUGUCUCACGGAUGAUGACACCGUCUGGUCCUGGGGUGAUGGGGACUACGGCAAGCUGGGCCGGGGCGGCAGCGACGGCUGCAAAGUGCCCAUGAAGAUCGACUCACUGACGGGGCUCAGUGUGGUCAAGGUGGAAUGCGGCUCUCAGUUCUCUGUGGCCCUCACGAAAGCUGGCGCCGUCUACACAUGGGGCAAAGGCGACUACCACCGGCUGGGCCACGGGUCUGACGAUCACGUCCGGAGACCCCGGCAGGUGCAGGGCUUACAGGGGAAGAAGGUCAUCGCCAUCGCCACCGGCUCUCUGCAUUGCGUGUGCUGCACAGAGGAUGGAGAAGUGUACACGUGGGGCGACAAUGAUGAAGGCCAGUUGGGCGAUGGCACGACCAAUGCCAUCCAGAGGCCCCGGCUGGUGGCCGCCCUGCAAGGGAAGAAAGUCAACCGUGUGGCCUGCGGCUCUGCACACACGCUUGCCUGGUCCACCAGCAAACCUGCCAGCGCCGGCAAGCUCCCCGCUCAGGUGCCCAUGGAGUACAACCACCUGCAAGAGAUCCCGGUCCUGGCACUGCGGAACCGCCUGCUGCUACUGCAGCACAUCUCCGAGCUCUUCUGCCCCUGCAUCCCCAUGUUUGACCUGGAGGGCGCACUCGGCGAGGCGGGACUCGGGCCCUCUGUGGGCUCCGACACACUCCGUGGGAUCCUCAUCUCCCAGGGCAAGGAGGCUGCCUUCCGGAAGGUGGUGCAGGCAACCAUGGUGCGGGAGCGCCAGCACGGCCCAGUGGUGGAACUCAACCGCAUCCAGGUGAAGCGUUCCCGGAGCAAAGGCGGCCUGGCGGGCCCCGAUGGCACCAAGUCGGUGUUCGGGCAGAUGUGUGCCAAGAUGGGCUCCUUCAGCCCCGACAGCCUCCUCCUGCCGCAUCGUGUCUGGAAGGUCAAGUUUGUGGGGGAGUCUGUGGACGACUGCGGCGGGGGUUACAGCGAGUCCAUCGCUGAGAUGUGCGAGGAGCUGCAGAACGGGCUCACCCCUCUGCUCAGCGUCACCCCCAACGGGCGCGACGAGUCGGGUGCCAACCGCGACUGCUUUCUGCUCAGCCCCGCCGCCCGUGCACCCCUGCACACCGGCAUGUUCCGUUUUCUGGGCGUCCUCCUGGGCAUCGCCAUCCGCACCGGGAGCCCCCUGAGCCUCAGCCUGGCCGAGCCUGUGUGGAAGCAGCUGGCAGGGAUGAACCUCACCAUCGCCGAUCUCAGCGAGGUGGACAAAGACUUCAUCCCGGGGCUCAUGUACAUCCGUGACAACGAGGCCACGUCGGAGGAGUUUGAGGCCAUGAGCCUGCCCUUCACAGUGCCCAGCGCCAGUGGCCAGGACAUCCAGCUCAGCUCGAAGUACACGCACAUCACGCUGGACAACCGCGCCGAGUACGUGCGGCUCGCGGUCAGCUACAGGCUGCACGAGUUCGACGAGCAGGUGGCGGCCGUGCGCGAGGGGAUGGCCCGGGUGGUGCCUGUGCCACUCCUCUCCCUCUUCACUGGCUACGAGCUCGAGACCAUGGUAUGUGGCAGCCCGGACAUCCCGCUGCACCUGCUCAAGUCGGUGGCCACGUACAAAGGCAUCGAACCGUCGGCACCGCUGGUGCAAUGGUUCUGGGAGGCCAUGGAGUCCUUUUCCAACACGGAGCGUUCGCUCUUUCUACGCUUUGUGUGGGGCCGCACGCGACUGCCCAGGACCAUCGCUGACUUCCGGGGCCGUGACUUCGUCAUUCAGGUGCUAGACAAGUAUCACCCUCCGGACCACUUCCUGCCCGAGUCCUACACCUGCUUCUUCCUCCUGAAGCUGCCGCGCUACUCGUGCCAGCAGGUGCUGGAGGAGAAGCUCAAGUACGCCAUCCACUUCUGCAAGUCCAUCGACACCGACGACUACGCCCGCAUCGCGCUCACGGGCGCGCCCACCGCCGGCGACAGCAGCGAUGACUCGGACAACGAGGACAUGGACUCGUUCGCCUCCGACUCCACGCAGGACUACCUGACCGGGCACUGAGGGCUGGCCCGGAGAGGGGAGGCCCACGCGUGGACCCGUGUGUAAAUGUUCCUAUAAAUACCGACCAUCCCGCCCUGCCCCCAACCGACUCCGAAGCCUUUUUACCGCGGUGCAAUAGAUAACGGCUCCUUUUUAUUUCAAGCGUCUGCACUUGUCUCAACUGUACAUUGGACAGACUGUAACAAUUAAAUCGUAUUAUAAAUA